AUGGAAGUGAAGCUGCUGUUCACCGUCUUCAUGCUCCUUGUACAGGGUUAUCCUACAAUGACAGUAGCAAAGCAUGAAGAACAAAUGGUCAUUAAAUGCACUGCUGAGGGGAACCACUAUACUCCACAGAUCUCCUGGAAAAUAAACCAUGGCCCUGAGAUUCUGGGUCACGCCCAAGUCCAUCGAGAAGAUAGAAAAUAUGUGUCCGUGGAUAUGUUACAUGUUAAGUCAGUAAAGAAGAGAGUGACUGUGAAAUGCCUUGUUCGCCAUCCAGCUCUGUUCUCACCACCUCUGAUGAACUUUGUCAAAAUUGGACGAGACAAAACAAAGUUCCACUGCACUACUACGACCAGUGUGCCCACAGCUCCAGGGUCAGCAGAGGUGCAGACAACAACCAGUGGUCCCAGACAUAAGACAACAUCAGCAGACCACCUCACAACCACAGAUGUGAAUGGGCCUCCAUCAGAGAGCUCUAUCCAGUUAUCAGCUGUAUCCUCCAAUCACCCGUUUCCUUCCAAGGAGCCACAGACGGUUUCAGCAUCCAGCAGGUUUCCCAUAAACCCUGUUACAGGCUCACAUCUCAGCACCACUGGCCGGACGUCUGUGUCUGAAACAACAGAGGAGAUCACAUCCUACAACAGCACAGGGAGAAACACAACAGGGAGUAAAAAUGAUCCACGGUUGCAGACAGGAAGUCAAGGCAGUUCAUUACUGAUCUUUCUGGUGACGUGCCUGAUUGUGGGUCUCCUGAUCGUGGUCACGUUUUUUACUAUCAAGCUGAGGAGAGCGCACAUGACCUGGAAGAAAGAGAAUGAAGAGUCUGAUCCUUCAGAGGAGAGCAACAAAUCGAAAUCAAGCCAAGAAGAGAAGGGACAAAGGCGAAGAGGGCUCAUCAACACAGCAUUCACACAGUAUGUUGUUGAAGAACCAGCAGUGAUCACUUCAAACACAGGUGCCAUGUCAGCAACAGAGAGUGUAAAUCAGGAGAGGACUUCUCCACCUCAACCCCCGUCACAAUUUUCAGCCAACCGUAACAUAAGGGAGACGGAGCUAUAAGAUUCUGUGAAAUACAGCAUUGUCCUUGUUUUACUGCACUGGUCACAAUGAGUGUAUGUUUACACAGAAAAGAAUGUGGUGACGCAUUGUUUCAA